CCGUGAGGGCUAAACGGCGAACGGCCGGCGCCGUCACUGGGCGAGGGAUAAAACACCGCGCGUCUGCUCGCCAAGAAAACCUGGGGAUAUUUGGAAGAGCAGUGACUGGAGACACUGAGGUAUCGAAUUCCUCCAGAAAUUGGAGCUUUGGAGUAGUUUACUCGGAUGGGGGAUCAUGUUGCGGUGGAUGUCGGGGGGCUCAUAGCGUCCCGCGCCGGUGAGGCAGUGGGGCUGCCGUCCUGCGGGAAGGAAGUGGCGGCGCUGAUUGGGAUGGUGGAGUGCCGCAUCUGCCAAGAGGAGGACCUGCCCAAGAAUCUUGAGAGUCCCUGUGCUUGCAACGGCAGCCUAAAGUAUGCUCACAGGGAGUGUGUGCAGCGAUGGUGUAAUGAAAAGGGGGACAUAAUCUGUGAAAUAUGCCAUGAGUCGUACAAGCCUGGUUACACCGCCCCACCCCGGAUACAGCACGAUGAGACUACUAUAGAGAUAAGUGGCAAUUGGUCCAUCUCUGGCAAUCAUCUGGAAUUACAUGAUCCUCGAAUCUUGGCCAUGGCGGCUGCUCAGCACCAUUUACUUGAAGAUGAGUAUGAUCAAUAUACCACAACAAACAAUAACGCUGCUGCCUUUUGCCGCUCAAUAUUUCUGAUUCUAAUGGCUCUUCUGCUCUUGAGGCACACACUAACCAUCACUAGCAGCGAUGAUGAAGAUGAUGCGUCUGCUAUUUUCUCGUUAUUCCUUUUGAGGGCGGCUGGAUUUCUUUUACCAUGCUACAUCAUGGCUUGGGCUAUUAGUAUCAUGCAGCGUCAGAGACAAAGACAGGAAGAAGAAAUGCUAUUACCAACAGAAGUGGCAAUCAUUCUCCAUCCGAAUGGGACGAUGCAGUUCACCGUCUCACCUGAAAUUCCUGCCUCACCUCGUCUGGAACCAGCCCAGUAGAAAUUUAUCAGAGCAGGCUCAUUUUGUACAAGAUAUGAUGGGCCUUAGCAUCUGCGGUUCAGGUGGACGGAAUCAAGCUGUUUCUGUGAUGGGAUUUCAGAAUCCCUUGUACAUAAAGAUAUAGUGUUCUCUUUCAGUAACUGAAUACAGGCUGAAUUAACUAGAGUUAUAUCGUGUUA